AUGACUGUCAACUCGAUUGAGUUUUAUUCUGGUAUUGGAGGGAUGCAUUAUGCACUCAGAGAUGCAUCUCCUAAGUCAUGCGUACUUGCUGCGUGUGAUAUUAAUACGACUGCUAACAGCAUCUACGCCUACAACUUCCCGAAAACGUCGUUACUUCAGAAUAACAUACAGGCGCUAACAGUGGAAAAAUUAGAUAAGCUGCACGCUGAUCUAUGGAUGAUGAGUCCACCUUGCCAACCAUUCACUAGGAAGGGACUCCAAAAAGGUAUAAGCGACCAUCGCUGUGACUCGCUAGUGAUACUUCUGGAAAAACUCAAACAGAUGAAAAAACCACCGUCUUAUAUUUUCCUGGAAAAUGUUGUUGGGUUUGAAACCACUUCCGUACAUGAUGCAGUUAUCACUACGCUACACGAGCUACGCUACGGAACCAAGGAGUACAUCCUUUCACCACUUCAGUUUGGUGUACCUAAUUCGCGUCCUCGGUACUAUCUCCUCGCAUCCACACUCUUUCCAUCCACCGGCUGUACUGAGGAAAUUUCCACUCAUUUGGAACGAAGAGAUUCAGAGGAGCUAGAAGAAAUGAGCAAUUUUGUAGACGAAUCGCUACGGACUAUUUCCCUUUUCCUAGAUAUAGGUGUUCUUCAACGGUAUGGCCGUGCGCUUGACAUUAUUCUACCGCACUCUUCGAGAUCAGCUUGCUUCACAAAAUCAUAUGGAAGCUAUAUUUCUGGAUGUGGGUCGUAUUUUUGCCUCAGGCCUGAUUUGGUGAAAGAAAAUCGCCUCUCCGAUGCUGCAAUGAAUGAUCCUGACAGCUUAAUUGGUGCAGUGCGACGGCUAUCUCCAAGAGAAGUGGCAAAUUUGAUGUGUUUUCCAAAAGACUUUGUAGUUCCUCCAAAUAUAUCUGAUAAGCAAAUGUACCAAUGUCUUGGUAAUUCGGUCAAUGUCCGUGUGGUUUCCGCUUUGUUAGCAUUGUUACUUCGUGGUCAAUAA